GGCAUUGUAAACUCAUUCACUCUUCUGGUAGUGGCGGAGAGUUCGGAGAUUUCAAUACCAAAAUGUUAAGCUCACUGAAAUUGCGCCUUUCUAACCCCAGGUGGACUAACUACACCUUCUCUCACGUAGCUACCUCCCGUCGCUUACCAUACAAUGUCCGCCUUCCAAUUCGACGGCACCAUUCGAUAACCGUACUAUCACACUAUGAUUCUACACAAUCUUCACCAGCAGAAUCAGAGCCGUCAAUUUCAUCGGAGUACAUUUCGUCCGUCGGAUCUCCGCCGUUUUCUAAUUCUACAAUUCACCUCUCCCACUGGAACCUCAGUAAACGCCACAUCGUCAUGCUCAAUGUCAUUGCUUGUGCGGCAGCAAUUUCAGCAACCUGGCUUUUUUUCUCUGCAAUUCCUGCUCUCCUCGCUUUCAAGAGAGCAGCAGAAUCCCUUGAAAAGUUGAUGGAUGCUACUAGGGAAGAGCUUCCUGAUACAAUGGCUGCUAUUCGUUUAUCUGGUAUGGAGAUUAGUGACCUAACAAUGGAGCUAAGUGAUUUAGGACAAGAGAUAACUCAAGGUGUUAGAAGCUCCACUAGAGCUGUUCGCUUAGCUGAGGAGAGGCUUCGAGGUUUGGCAAGCAUGACACCACCGGCUUUGUUGCAGAGGGUGACCAGCCCCAAAACUGAGACAGGAGGACCAGUGGUGGCUAGGAAAGCAAGGGGCAUAAGGGAGGGCAUUGUAAAAGGUCGCAUGAUCUUUCAAUUAUUUUUCACUCUCACUCAGUUUUCCAGGAUGACUUUUAACUAUUUUAAAAGACAAGCUAAGCGAUAGAGUUAAGAGCAUGAGCCUUCUGGUGAGAAUAUCAAAUUUGAUUUCUGUACAUGUCUAUACUUGUAUCCAAAUUUUGACGUUGCUGUUGAAUUUUAGCAUUUUCGGUGUUAGAAAAUGAGAUAUUAUGCACCUGCUAGUUGAAGGAGACAUUGAUAGGAGAGACUUGUUGGUUUCUUCUUCUUAUGUUGUGUUUGCAUAGAGUUUGUAUUAAUUUUAUUAUUAAAUCUAAUGCAUACGACAAUUUUCCUUUCUGUAA